AUGAGAGAAGAAUAUGAAAAGAUGGAGAUGAAAUUAACUGAUGAGCAGUUUGUUGUAUACGACACCAUUCUUAAGGAUAUACAAAAUCAGAACGGUGGGUUGUUCUUUGUAUAUGGUUAUGGAGGUACAGGUAAAACAUUUGUUUGGAAAGCAUUAUCUUCGAAGAUACGAUCGAGUGGUGAUAUUGUCCUAAAUGUUGCCUCCAGUGGUAUUGCCUCAUUGCUACUGCCAGGAGGUCGAACAGCUCACUCAAGGUUCGCUAUUCUAAUUGCAGUUAAUGAGGACUCCACUUGCAACAUUUGUCAAGGUAGUCACCUGGCGGAAUUGCUAAUCCAAGCCAAGCUAAUCAUAUGGGAUGAAGCACCGAUGAUGCACAAACACUGCUUUAAGGCUCUCGAUAAGACAAUGCGCGACCUCUUGCGGCACAGUGAUCCUAACAGCGUGCAUAAGACAUUCGGCGGGAAGACUGUGGUGUUAGGCGGUGACUUCCGACAAAUAUUGCCAGUCGUUCCUAAAGGUUCUAGGCAAGAUAUUGUUUCAGCUGCAAUCAAUUCAUCUUACCUUUGGGAUUCAUGCAAAGUACUACGGCUAACCAAAAAUCUGCGUCUUACAACACUUGAUGAUUCCGCUAGCAAGGAACAUAUUGAACAGUUUGCAUCGUGGUUGGCUGAUAUAGGAAAUGGAAUAUUAGGCGGACCUAAUGAUGGUCAUGGAAAAGUUGAAAUUCCUGAAGAAAUGUUAUUGCCAUCAAAUGGUGACUACAUAUCUACAAUAGUUGAUAGUGUCUUCCCAAUGUUCAGGCAGGGCGGGUCAGACUUACAACAAAUGGAGAAUCGUGCCAUACUUGCGCCAACACUAGAUGUGGUCAAUGCGGUCAAUGAAUAUAUGAGUGGUUUGCAUGUGGCUGAGAGCAAGACAUACCUAAGUUCUGACACAUUAUGUAAGUCUGACUCAACCAAUGGUAUACUAUAUGAUAUGCAUACUCCUGAAUUCCUAAACGGUUUGAAAGCUUCUGGCAUACCGAAACAUUCUUUAACUUUGAAGAUUGGUUCUCCCGUAAUGUUGUUGAGAAAUAUAGAUCACUCAAUGGGACUUUGUAAUGGUACAAGAUUGAUCAUUACUAGGUUAUCUGAUCAUGUGGUAGAAACAAAGAUUGUCGCAGGCCACAAUGCCGGUAACGUCGUCUUGAUACCAAGGAUGUCAAUGACUCCAACUGAUACAAGAUUGCCUUUCAAAUUUCAAAGAAGGCAAUUUCCUCUAAUGCUGUCAUAUGCAAUGACUAUCAACAAAAGUCAAGGACAGACUUUAACACAUGUCGGCUUACUACUAAAGAAACCUGUAUUUGUUCAUGGUCAACUAUAUGUGGCUGCUUCAAGGAUUAGUAACCCUAAUGGGUUAAAAAUUCUAAUACCCAAUGAAGGUGGUGAGAGUAGUAACUAUACUACGAAUGUUGUGUACCAUGAAGUUUUUAAUAAUUUGUAA